CGGAUUCAAAAUGGCACGGCCACGGCAACCCUUGGCGUUUUGGCGAAGAGACCAUUCGCCAUGAAACAGGAUGUGCCCUAACACGUAUAUAUACACUAAGGUGAAAAUUUUCCAAAACUUGGUGGGAAGAUGUCAUAGACCAAGACGAACAAAAAACCAUGGCCCCAACUCAUUUUGACUUUUGGCGUCCAUUUUGGCAAUUUGCACCCUACACAAAUGAGUGAGACACAUCAAAGGCGAAAAGUUGUCGUAAGGUUUUGCGGAUGUGACCCUAAUACUCUUCCGUAACUAUCAACCACGUGUGAAAUGAGAACAUUCUUCCAGGUUUUAAAUGUGGUUAGUUUUAGGCACAAAAAGCACCUGAUGAUCGUGGUUUUUCCUCGUAGCAUCACAACAUCCUUUCUCUAAAGAAACACACAUGUAAGAACAUGACAACAAUCCACAGCACAUGUUCUGACAGUUGGUCUUUAGCUGUGGUGUGCAAACCUCUCACAACACCUGGCUUUGUUGGAGUUUUGCCUCGUGUGCUGUCAAAAAACAACAUAAUCGGAAGGAAAUAUAGUACAGAUGUGUGGAAAUGCAUUUUUGUGAGAUAUGGUUUUGUCAUGAUCGUCAUCAUUGUUCUGUUUUCCGUGAAUGUGGACGUUACACACUCUGCAUGGUCCAAACACACCCUGUCCUCUCAACAGCAUUAAAACCUGUCAUGUGUUCUGUGUAAAUGUGCAGAUGUCACUCACUGUUGUCAAACAAUGAAAAACUAUGACACAGAAUUUUGUUUUAAAUCCAGGGGGGGGAAGUUCUUUGGAGGUCACCAGGGAAACCAAAUCUAUUUAGUCUUAGUUUGCAGUAUUUGGGUCUAAUACAUCCACGUUAUUUCAUUCACCUUGUGCUUUGUUCUCCUUCACCAGGAGUCAACUGUGAAAUUGAAAUAGACGAGUGUGAGUCCAGUCCCUGCCACAAUGGAGCCACAUGUCACGACCUGACGGGCAUGUACUCGUGCGAAUGUCUGCCUGGGUUUGACGGCAUGAACUGUGAGGUCGAUGUGGACGAGUGUGCCAGUGAUCCCUGUCAGAAUGGAGCGGUCUGUCUCGACAUGGUCAACAGCUACGAGUGUGACUGCAGUGACACAGGAUUCCAGGGUGAUUACUGUGAAGUGGACAUCCCUGAAUGUGCCUCUGAUCCCUGUCAGCAUGGUGCCACGUGUCUGGAGGGAAUCAAACUAUACAGCUGCCUCUGCUGGCCAGGUUAUGAAGGACCAAACUGUGAGACUGACAUCGAUGAGUGUGCUGAUCAGCCUUGUGAGAAUGCUGGCCAGUGUUUCCAGUGGUCAGAUCCAUCUCACUGGGAGCUGGACUGGCAGCUCAACUUUGCAGAUGCAGCUGGAUACAUUUGUCAGUGUCAGCCCGGUUUUGUGGGUGAGAACUGCUCUGUAAACAUUGAUGAGUGCGAGUCUGAACCCUGCCAGAAUGGAGGCGCUUGUGAGGAUGAGAUCAACGGCUACACCUGCACGUGCACUGCUGGAUUCCUAGGUGAGCUGUGUGAAGUGGACAUUGAUGAGUGUGCUAGCCAGCCAUGCCAGCAUGGAGGCUCGUGUGAGGACGGCAGGGCCUCCUACAUCUGCCACUGUCCCGAGGCCGAGCCAGGGGAACUUCCAUGGGGAGGAAAUCAUUGUGAAGUGAAGCUGCGUGGCUGCGUGGACCAUGAAUGCCAGAACGGAGCCACCUGUCAUCCACAGCUGGAGAAUGGCGUGCACAGCCACACAUGCUUGUGCCCUCACGGCUUCUAUGACAAGCAGUGCUCCACGAGAACAACGUUCUCCUUCUCUACUCCCGGGUUCAUUCACGUUCAGGUGGCUCUAGAAGAAAGGACCCACAGGGAGGUCGGGGUACAACUACGCUUCCGAACCACCAUACCUAAUAUGUUGCUCAUCUACAGAGGGGAUGCAGACAACCACGUCCUCUUAGAGAUUGUGAAUGGUGGCCUUCAUGCAAGAGCUUUUUCUGAGGAAUCUGAAAUGGAUAUUACAUUUCCUGGAUUGGUCAGUGACGGAGACUGGAGGGAUGCUCAUGUCUUUGUGAAUAAUGAAGGUCUGAUCUUGACCAUGAAAGGCCCUGGCUGUGGCAGGGAGGGGUGCAAAGUUAUGGAUGGUGGUGCAGCUGAAUCACCAUUCCAACCCUCUGAAACCUUAGCUCACAUUUAUAUAGGUGGAGCACCACAGUCCUCUGCAAGUGGUGCCGGCUUCAUCGGAUGUAUGGAAGACCUGAUGAUAGACUCUAAGCCUAUCUUACCCCAAACCCUUCCAGAGGGCCAAGGCCAGGUGUUGGGCUGUAGUAAGACUGAAUGGUGUAAGCCCAACCCCUGCAACAGACGUGGACGGUGUGUGGACCUGUGGACCAGCUACCAGUGUGAGUGCCACCGCCCCUUCCACAGUGAGAGCUGCCAAAAAGAAUUCCCUUCAUGGACAUAUAGUCAUGAGGACACUUUGAGCUUCAGGAGCUAUGAUGUGGCUGAGAACCUUGGGAGCAACUUCAGCGUGUCCUUCUUCAUGAGGUCGUUAAAGCCGGACGGGCUGCUGUUCCAGCUGAGGAGACCCACUGAGAAGAAGGAGGGAGGGGUCUACUUCACCGUCUACCUGGGAAUGGGCAGGAUUUUGGUCAGUUCUCUGCCCAACAGUGCCCCACUGACCGUGCCAAAGUUUGUGACUACUGGUGAGCAGCAACUCAUCCAGGUGGAAGUCCAGCACAGACAGGUGACCUUUGAGCAAGCGGAGCUUCGUUACAUCAUCGGAGAGAUCCCUGAGGUGAAUAUUCAGAGUGGAGAUCAGGUCUAUGUAGGAGGGCUUCCUGGGCACUGGGACACUGGUGUGUGGGGGGGCUACUACAAAGGUUGCCUGCAGGACCUUCGUUUAAACUCUGUGCAUCUGGAUGUGGACGUUUGGAGCAGCGCGGAGGAGGAAAAGGUGUUUUUACCAAGUGAUGCUGAAAAUGUCAAGAAGGGCUGUGUCAGUGAUAACGCAUGCAAGGUGAAGCCCUGUCUGAACGGAGGUGAAUGCGUCGUCACGUUCAAUGAUUUCACAUGUUCCUGUGCGGAGGAAUACACCGGGAAGACGUGUCAAACGCGCGUUUGGUGUAUUAGUGAUCCGUGUGUCAACGGCGGCCACUGUGUGGACCUCCCAGACGGAUACGAAUGUGUACACAAUGCUACCUUUGAGAACAAUCCAGUGCAGUACAGUGCUGGAGGCUCCCUGUCUGAACCCGUCUCUAACAUCUACAUGGAAGUGAGGACUCGCUCAGACAACGCUGUGCUCCUCAGGGCGUCCUGGGGCACUGACCUCCUCAUGGUGGGUCUUCUGGACUCGUCAGUCCGGGUGGAGAUUCACACCGGCAACAGCGUGGAGACGCUGGCCUUCACAGGAGUUCGUCGAGUGGCCGACGGGCGCUGGCACUGUGUGAACAUCUCCGCGGCUGAGAAGGAGGCUGAGGCCUCUCCCUGGGUCAUCACUGUGGACGGCAUCACAGACAGCAGCAGCUCACCGGAGCAAAUCGGGAGCCUCACCUUUCUAAACGAGAAGGGAGCCACGUUGUCAGUUGCAGAGAGUUUCACCGGCUGCUUCGGCGCAGUGAGAGUCGGUGGAGUCUACCUUCCUUUUGUAGAUAACUACAAAGCUCCGCAGCAGUCGCAGUUCCACUUAGUUGGAAAGGCAAAGGUCAGAUUAGGCUGCACCAGUGCCCCUGUGUGUGACCCACGGCCCUGUCUGAAUGGAGCCACGUGUGAGGACGUCUUCAACCAAUAUUUCUGUCUGUGUGACUCUGGCUGGGAGGGAGACGAGUGUGAGACAGACACUGACGACUGUGCAUCUCAGCCCUGUGUUCAUGGCACCUGUAAGGACUACUUAGCCGGCUUUGAGUGCCACUGCCACCAAGGCUACGCCGGCACACUGUGUGACGAGGACCUCGAUGAGUGUGAACGUCACGCGUGUGAACACGGAGGCGUCUGUCAGGACGGACCCGGCACAUACACCUGUAUAUGCCCCAAGGGCUACAGUGGCCCCCUCUGCCAGUGGGACUUUCCUCCGAUACAGUGUGGCAAAGACGUCCUGUGUAAGAAUGAUGGGAUCUGCAAUGAUGGACUGUGGGGAGCUAACUGUACCUGCAGGCCGGGUUUCACUGGCACCAGUUGUGAAAGUGAGACGGACGAGUGUGAGUCUAAUCCCUGUCGAAACGGCGCUUCCUGUCUGAAUCGAUUCAACAUGUUUGUGUGUGAGUGUCCGCCUGAUUACAGCGGUCCUACCUGUGACACUAAGAAACAGCCUCACAGAGAGGGCAUCUCGUGGUUAGUGGUGGUCAUCCCGCUGCUGUGCUUCUGUGUGAUGGUCGUAAGCAUCAGCUUGACCUUCAUGGUGCUCACGGCGAGGAAGAAGCGUCAGUCAGAGGGAGCGUACAGUCCCAGCACUCAGGAGCUGGCUGGAGCUCGGCUGGAGAUGGACAGCAUGCUCAAAGUGCCUCCAGAGGAAAGACUCAUCUGACGCCACCGUGCGCUGGAAUAACUUUAAUCAACAGCACCCCCUCAUGGUGGAGACACGGUAUUGACUUAGAAACUGCAGCUGUUGUUUACCGGAACACGAGUUCCAGGAAAACUGGGAUUAUCAAGACCGACACAAGGACUUUGAAUCAUUGACCUGAACUGUGUGACUAAGAGAAGGUGAGGUGGAAAUAGACUUUGUGAAUAAACGCUCAUGAACAUGAAGUGUGUGACUGUAACAGAUGAGAGGCCACAUCAGAUCAGAACAGGAACAACCUUGAACCACUUUUCAUCUUCUCAUCUCAUUGUGUCCUUUUCCUCUGCAGUCAUUUAAUGCCGUGUUUUUUUCCCACACUAACCCCGCCCCCCCAACCCCUCCUCUGCAGCUCACUCUGAGUGUGGGAGAGGAGCAGUGAGGGGUCUGGGUCUGGGUCUGGAAGGGAAAUCUGACAGUGAGAUGCAGCUCACACACUGGUGUUGUUUUUGUGGGUUUGUUGAGCGCAUAUUUGUUGUUUUGUACACUCACACACACAACUGUCUGCUAGCACAUGGAACAAAACACAGCGUUACGAACAUGUGCCAUAAUUAGGGCCCGAGCCACAAAUGGCAGAGACCGAAACUGUGCGAGAAACCUAUUGUUUAUCCUUCAGAUUAUUAUUAUAUCCAUGGGUUUGCAGUCAUUUUUGAGCGGGUUAACGUGCAUAAAAACUCGCGAAAAUGCGAUAUUGGCAAAGUUCCCGGACCCAUGCUUUGCUCAAGGGUUCUAUAGCGCCCCCUCAGGUGAAAACAGAGGCAAAAUUGAGUUCCACUGUAUUUCUCGAAACUUGGUG